AUGGCCGACCAACCCACCAUCCGACUCGCAACAGCCGAGGACGUGCCCCUCAUCCUGCAGUUCAUCCGCGAACUGGCCGACUACGAAAAAGCCCUGCAUGAAGUCGAGGCCACGGAGGACUCCCUCCGCGCAACCCUCUCCUUCCCUGACUCGGCGCCCAAGCGCGGCUCCGUCUACACAGCCUUGAUUACCCCGCCGCCGACCGCCGAGGACCCCGCGCCCGUCCCCGUGGGCAUGGCGCUGUAUUUCUACAAUUAUUCCACCUGGCGCUCCGCGCCCGGCAUUUACCUGGAGGAUCUGUACGUGCAGCCCAAGGCGCGAGGGAACGGGUACGGGUUCAAGCUGUUGAAGUUUUUGGCGCGGCAGGUGCUGGAGGCGAAGGGGCGGAGGUUGGAGUGGAGUGUUUUGACGUGGAAUGAGCCUAGUAUUCGGUUCUAUGAGCAGGUCGGAGCUAAGGGGAUGGAUGAGUGGUUGAAGAUGAUGGUGGAGGGGGAUGCGUUGAAUAAACUUGCGGAGGGGGCGUGA